CGAAAUGGAACGCCGCUAGACGACAACACGCUCGACCCAAAUCUUCCAAGAUGGCGCACCCGAGGAAAUUUGUGGAAAAGAUUGCGAUACACAACGCAAAAAUGGCCGAGGAGACUCGAGCCUUUGAGGAAAUCAUGAAGGAAGUGUCUGAUUUAGGGAAUUCCAUGAAAGCUCCUCCCAGUCAACACCAGCAAUAUAGAUCACUUCCCAAUGUGAACAUAGGCUUUGGACAGAACCACAUUGAUCUUCAGAAGGCCUUGAUGAAUCUGGACAAUAUGCAGAGACCAGGACUCGUUGAUAGGCUGCCAAUGCGAGAACGACGAUAUACAGCCAACAGAACGACACCUUUCCCAAAACGAAACUUUGGAAUCGAUACUUCUCCCUACCAUGCUGCACCUCCAUACCUCUCUCCGCCACAAAUGGAUCAAGGACAGAACUGGAGAAGGGCGAUUUCUGAUUCUUCUCUCCACCAGACUGUAAUGGGAGGCCAAAUUAAAGAUAUGGAUAUGAACAAAAUAAAUGAUUUUAAAAGGGCUGGGAGUCCUCAGAGUAGACCUCGGUCUUGUGAAGUACCUGGAAUUAAUUCUUCUAGAAUGUAUCAAACAGAACAAGUUUCUCCAGUCAGCACUCCACAAAUGGCGAACACUGGCUCCUUGCCAGAUUUGACCAACCUUCAUAUUCCAUCACCAUUACCGACCCCAAUUGAUGUCGACGAUAACCAGAUGAACCAGGCUGCUUCUCCGCCUCAUUACCAAACGUCACCAAGACAUGUCAGAAGACAUACACACUCACCUGUCGUGGAUAAGCAGCCAUUCCCCCCUCAGAUGCCUUAUAUGGACCCAAAUAUGUCACCAUUAGAACUGCGGCUACAACAGUUCCAACCAUAUCAACAGUCCCCUACUAGUACCUCAGAUGCAUCAAAUCAGUUUGUGUCACACAAUACGACGGUUUCAUCGCCAAUUAUGUCGCCUACUGCAUCAACGUCAAUGUCACCACUUUUGAAGAAUCUUCCUAACCCGCCCUUAUCGCCAUUGGCAAGUGACUUUUCCUUUAAACAACAGCAAAUAAACAACUCACUGCAACAGCAGAUGCAACAGGAUCCAUUUGGAAUGAAUCUUGCUUACAUUGGUGGUGGACUGCAACAGAGAAUGCAGUUCCAGUCCAUGCCGCAACAGGGCAUGCAAUCUCCCAACAACUUUGGCCAGCCUGGCAACAGACUGCCAGAUUUAAUUAUAACAAGCGAAGAUGAGGAAUCUCAAAGACUUGACUUUGCGCGGGAGCUUAGUUCUGCAAUGGCUAAUGUUGGAGGUGGCAAUCCCAGUGAUCUUUAUAGUGAAGAGCUAGGGCAGUUGGAUAUGGAAAGUUUACAGAUGCUAUCAGGUCAUGGGGAUUCAGAAGUAGCAGAUCAGGCUACGGAAGAUCAAUUUCGCAUGGAUAGAUUGGCAGGCUUCUCUAGAAGUAUUCUCUGUAGACGUGUUUGCGAUAGAUGCAACAAAGUUAUCCGCUUUUUCGGUUUUCGUUGCAAGGACUGCAGGUUUAAAUGCCAUAGAAAAUGUUCCAACUGCAUAACUACAAAAUGUCGCCAGACUCGGGAUUUUCGACCAAACCACAUGACAUGUGUUGGGAAAUUUUGGCAAAAACCAUCCAAAAGAAGAAAAUGGCCAUUAACUUCGAAUUUCGAUUCUCUUCCCUCUCGACGUCCAAAUGUCCCUGAGGAUUUGCAAAGAAGUUUACAACCUCGAAAAUACAUUGACGCUAAAGGGAAAAUUCGCCAAAAAUUAAUCAAUGGCUUGUAUGACUCAUUCUGCUAUAGUCCUAGGCACGAUAUUGAUCCGCAGCCAUCGAGUUCCUCUAAAGCUUCCUCGACGCCGCAGCAAACAACAAACGUAACAAUACACCGAGAACAAAUACUACGAGACAUCAAGUCCUCUUUCCGAGGCGAACGGCUUGAGUUUGGUGAUGUUGACUUAGUGAACGCUUCAGAAAAUACUCGGCGAACCUCGCAAGAACAAUAUCUACCAUGUCCGCAGACGUGGAAAAGAACUUAUUCUUGGUCAAGUAGGCAUUCUGCAAUGACCUCCUUUACUUCUUCUUCUGGAUAUUCAUCAAUGCCAGCGUCUUGUCCUUCAUCAGCAAAUUCACACCGGAGUUCCUCUCCAACUCCGGAUUUUUCGAACAUUAGAUCCUUGACUGCUACGUUAGAGCGAUGCAGUCUUGAAGAAGACAUGGAUCAGUUGCAAGAUAGGGAAGAAUUUCGUGAAAGUUUCGCGGAAAGAUCUUUACCUAUGUAUGUACUUACGUGGCCGAUGGCAAGGAAAACUCGUCCAAAUCAAAACGAUACACGGAGGAUUUUUUCAGUUGAUGAUUGUCAAACGACAAGCGAGCGAGAGGAUUCUGUAAAAUCAAGUACAAGGUGUUCACAGUCCGACCAGGACAGCGAGGAUGAUAUAAAGAAAUCACUCAAAGAAUGGAAAAUUCCCUUCAAAGACUUGCAGUUUGGAGAUGAAGUUGGGGCCAGUCCAAAAGGGCAUGUUUUUAAGGGUCGUUGGCAUGGAGAUAUUAUGAUCCAUACUGUCAAGAAAACUGCCAAGCAAGAUUUGGAGGAAUUUUUGAAAGAAGUUUCGCUACUGAGCAUGAUCAGACAUGAAAACGUUGUCCUCUUUAUGGGAGCUUGCCUAGAGCCACCCAACCUGGCCUUCAUUACAAGUGUUCGUAAAGGUCUAUCUCUACACACUCAUCUUCACGUCAGACACGAUUUCUUUCCACUGUCGACAAGAAUCAGCAUCGCGCGCCAAAUCGCACAAGGAAUGAGCUACCUUCAUGCUAAAGGAAUCGUUCUACCUCACUUCAACUCCAUGAACGUUUUUCUCGAGUCUAAAGUAAAGCUAUGCGUAACAGCGUAUUCGGGACGAACGGUUGUAGAAAGAAAUGGUUACGUCAGCAUACCACGUGGUCACAUGACGUAUAUCCCACCGGAAAUGAUGCGUACGCUAGUUUGGUGUGAUGAUGAGAUCCUGCCAUUCACGAAACACUCCGUACAAAGCAAUCUCUAUGCUUAUGGUACGCUUCUGUACGAGAUCAUGACCGGACGAUGGCCGUUCUCGACACAUCCUGUCGACUCUGUCAUCUGGUUGGUUGGUAAAGGCACAAAACAGUGCUUGCGGCAUACGAAAUGCCCAGAAAACAUCAAGACUUUAUUGCGAGAAUGUUGGAGUUUCGAGAAAGAAGACAGACCAGAAUUUUCCAAGAUCGUGCAGUUCUUUCAAGAGCAAAACGUAUGUAAUUUUCCACCAGAAUCAACACAUAAAAGAAUCAACGGCAGCUACUCGGAGCCCGAGAAAAUGCACCUGGUAGGCAGGACAUCUGGCAGGCUGUCAAUCAGAUAGAGGAAUGCUACCUCUGCUAGCUACUUCUACGCUUCGCCACAAAGCCUCUUGCUGCCUCUACGCUAUCAAAAGCUUGGUUCUCGUACGCACAGCGAUGGAUCACAGCUACUCGCCUAAGGUAUAUAACGCUUCAAGAGUGGGCCAAGGUGUCAAAGGUCUUCGCUUCACUAUCUUUAGUAUCUACUCUACUCGCCACUAGGGAGCGCAGUUUUUCGUUCUUUCGCAGUCUGAUCUACUAACGCUCGCUUCACUAUCUUUAGUAUCUACUCUACUCGCCACUAGGGAGCGCAGUUUUUCGUUCUUUCGCAGUCUGAUCUACUAACGCUACCGCAGUUUGUUUGUGCUAACGCCGUAGUCACAGCAACAGCCCAUUACGCUUUAGUCAAUAUGUUAUUUGAAACAGAGCGCUUAAGCUCAGCUCUGUUUACGCAAUCAAUGGCAAAAAUAAUGGCUCCAUCAAAGAAGGCAAAUUCUUAUUUAGGAGCAAUUAGUAGAAAUAUCAUCCAAACCAGAAGAUUAUUUCAAAUUCUCGCGAAUCUUUUACGAAAGAUUUUUGAGCCAUUUAAGGCAAAAAAUUCGUUAUUGAUAGCAAAAAUUUAUGUGUUAAAGAGAGUAUCAUUAUUUUUAGUCAUCGAUUUGAUUAGAUUUUUGUCAGUUGUUGACCCUUUCGUAUCUCGUCCGCGACUUUUAUGUCGUUUAUUAAAUCUCUUUUGACCUCGUUUUAAUUCUACUUGGGUUUUUAAGGGCGGAAGAGACUGACGUUUAAAAUAACAUUGUUAAAGCCGGACGGAAAUGUGCUUGCGGCAUAUAGUAUUGGGGAAUGAGAUGCGCUGACCAUAAGAAGCGCAGGCUCUGUUGACGUCAUUGCCUAUUGAGCGUUUGCUUUCGUCGUCGCCAGAGACGAAGGAACCUUAGCAAAUCGGGUGCGACUGAAUCCGCUUGCUUUUACAUGCUGCAUUAGCCAAUCAGAAAACGAAUAUAAAAAGCGUAGUUUGAGAAUCUUGGCCAGCCACCACAGGAACCCCACAACGUAUCUUUAGCCGCAAGCAUAAAAACAGGCUUAAAACUAGAUGAUAUGUAUUUGAUUGUCCAUGAAAUUAGAAUGGAAAUUUUGUUAUACCAUUUAUAAUUAGUAUUAAUUAGGAUCAUUAUUUAUUGUAACGUGUUUUGAUAUUUAUCAUUUAUUAGAAUAUUAUUUUGUGUAUAUUUGAAAGGGGAGACGAAGUUUCAGUUAUUAGUAAGUAAUUUUUUAAUUAUUUUAAAAGUCUAUUGGAAAGUUCUGAGUAUUGAGUGUAACCUUACUUGUAUCUAGAAGCUGUAGCAGAAGAAACCAACUCCCCCCACCCCCCACCCCCAUCUUCCACAACCUUCAUUUAGGAAAAAAAUAGAUUCCUACCAGUUCAUCCAUGCUAUACCAAUCCUCCCC